GUUGCCGUAGCAGCCAGUGCCGUGGGAGGCUGCAAGUGUACAGCUGGUACUGCUGCUGCAUCCAUCCCCAAACAUCUGUGUAGAGGCUGUACGCGGUGUGUCUGAGAUUUGACCAGGAGAACCAUUCGUUACCUAAAGCACCGUCGUGUGGAAGCGUAUCCAAUCUGUCGUGUCCACGCCGUGCAGAGAGAUGAAAAUCAGGAGUUUCACUAUGCAUUCGAAACUUGUGGGCGACAUCGUGGCUCUGCUGCUGCUCGCUGUAGCGACGCUAGCGAACAAUAGGCUGCCAGGAAUUCAAUACCUGCAAGAGACACCCACCGAUAUCACGCUGACGUGGACGCAGUCAGAUAGACAAGUUGCGAGCCUCGAGCUCGAGUACAGAAGCGUGCAGCCCGGUGCGGAAACGGAAUUAGUGAAGACACCGCUCGAACCGAGUCAAUCUGCGUACGUGAUCGCCGGGCUCAGUCCGGAUACGUGGUACCUGGUGUGCCUGGGCGCCAUCGCCAGCAACAUGGAGGACACGCGGCGCAUGUGCGAAGUGAAGAAGACGAUGCUCGUCAACGGCUCACUCAGCGACACGCACCUAUUCGACUGGGAGACGCACGUCUACCACGACCGCGUGCGCGUCGCCUUUUACCCGAAAGCGGACGUGCCCUACGACGCGAUGAAGUUCACCGCCGACCUGUACGUGAAGACGCAGAACCCGAAAGUGCUCGAGCGGCCGACCGUCAACUGGCUCAGCGAUCGCGACAUCGAGUUCAGCGGCGCCGGCGUGCAGCCGAACACCGAGUACCGGCUGUGCGUCGGCGUCGAGGCGGCCAUGAGCGAGGUCGCGGACGUUCACACGACCGACGAACGCUGCGUGCCUCUGUGGACAGCGAAGACGCCACCGCCGACGUCCCCGCCUCAGCCAAACAGUGCGCAAGUGUUCGUAGCGAAUAUGGUAAUCUUCGGCUCCGUGCUACUGCUUUUACGCGUCGCGUAUUAGCCACGUACGAAAGCUCCUCGUCGGAAUUGCGCGAUCGAAAUUCCGUCGAGAUUAGGAAUUAGUAAAAUUAAUAUUCAGGUAAUAAUUGUGCGAGCGAGUUAAAAAAUAUUCAUUAGUAUCAAUCUUGGAAAGAGAUUAUUCGAACACCAGCAGUCCUAUAGUUGCAUACAUAUGGUAGGUACAACCCGCUGCAGUAAAUUUGAGAUUUUUUUGGUUUCUUGGGGUAUUUUAUGGCAAUACGAUUGCAAUACAAACAUGAUUACUGACGUAACAUGUUAAAUUUCACCCAUGGGAAGCAGUAGCCAGUUGUUACUUUAUUAGUUUAUACAAUCAAUAGUUUAAUAAUAUCAGGAGUAGAUAAUAGGGAAUUCCCUAUUAUCUACUCCUGAUAAUAUAUAACCUACUGAUAUGAUAGGUUGCGUCAGCGUGCAUUUUAUAUGCACCCAGCCUGGCGCGUGUCUCUAAUAUCAAUCAAUACAUUCCUGAACAACGGACAGAUAUCAUUGCAAUGCACUGAGGGUUAGCUUUUGCCUGGUCAUCAUUACCUGUGAAUGUUGGCCUGUAUGUAGUACAGUUUCUUUUUGUAUAAAUAGCUAAAUUAAGGCAUAUCAUUUGUCACAGUAUAUACAUCGAUUGGGAUAUGUAAAAACCUAAGGGUACGUACCUCUUUUACCAGUAUGCUGGGAUUGUUUAUUUAUGUAAAGUUGGCUUUAUGCAACUUUAUUGUUAUAGUUCAACAUAAUGUCACAUAUAAUGUCAUAUAUAUAAUGUCAAUAUAUAAUGCCAUAUAUGUCAUUAUACUCACACAUAUGCCUCAUAUGGCACAUGUAUAGAUCUCCAUGUGAUGGUAAAUACCAAGUAAAUGAUAAUAGAAAACAUCGUAAUCGUGGAUAGUUUAUAGUGUGUAACCGCUAUUGCUGUAGCCUAUAACUAAACCACCCGACUGGAAUACAGUUCUUUCCUCGUGGUAAUCAUGGUUUUUAACAACCUUAUUUCAACGUUCCAUAGGUCUCUUCGUUAUUACGCCAUCUCGUUAUUAUUAAUAUUAGUAUAGAAACUGUACUACAACUUUGUGACAAAAUCGUAAUCAAACACGUGCUGACAUCUAGUGGGUAACGUCGCUGUGUAGUUACAUUUUAUAAUAGCCAAGUAGUAUCAUGAACGUAUUAUGGACUUAUUAUUAUUAGUAUCAAGAGCGUAUAAAGAAGAAUUUACCUUCUUUAUACGCUCUUGUUAGUAUACAUAGACA